AUGUCGCUGCGGGCUGGCGGCAGCGCCCUUAGGCUCGGUGUCAGAGCUCUGGGCGCUCGCCGCCCGAAUGCCGGGCGUGCCGCCGGAUGGCAUCGGGAGUUCUCGUUUAUACGAAGCUUUUUCGAGACGGAGACCCAGAUAGACAACACCCCGGCGGCCGUGUCGCUGUUCGACAAGGAGACCGCCUUUCAUGACUUCGAGUCCAACUUGAAUGCCUUGCUUUCUCGAGAUGACGCCCGAUUUGACGAAUACGUGGCGUUUCUCAGGGAGUCCAAGUACCCUCUCGACGGCAACGAGCCCUCUUUCGAGAAGUACAACACCGGCAACCUUGUUCGACUGCUCGAUUCGAUGACCUUCCUCUCCCAUUGCGGGCAUGCUGACAGCCAUACCAAGAUGGUGGAUUUGGUCACUCGCGAGAUCUCAUCGAGACCUCUGCUGACGGAAGGAGGGUCAGGGGUGGAAACAUUGAUAAACUGUGCCAAGUGCUUGUCACGGAACGUGCGAGUGCCCGGGGCCACAAGGUUGGUGAAUCACAUCAACCGUGAGGUGAGGACCCACGCGCCGAUGCUGCUCCAACAUGGGUGCUUUGUCAGUGUGACAAGCGCACUUUCUCAUAUCGCACAUCCGUCAAUCAUGGGUAUGAUUGUUCACACGUGCUGCGUUCGGUGCAACGAUCUGUCGCCGCAUGACCUGUCGCUGAUGCCGAUGAUGCUCCGGGAUUUUAAAAUUGACAAUUCCAGGUUGAUUACGCCAAUACUAGAGCGCGUCGGCGAAGGUCCGAUGGCGUGUUUCGACUCAACCGGCCAACUAUGUAGAUUUUUUCAAGACGUGGCAUCCAUGGAGUACAUGGAGAACGACGAGGGGAUGCUGAUAGAGAAGCCGGUAAACAGGCUAUCAGCCAUUAUUAUGUCGAAUAUAGAUCAUUAUAGCACGAGCGAACGCAUUUUUCUCAUUGCUAGUCUGCCAACAUGUAACCACAUUCCCCCGGAUGCAAAAGACAUGUACGGUGGAUUGUUACGACGUGUUCUGGUGAACAUCGGCGUGCUUCUGGAUAGCAAAGGCGCGGUGGAGAUGAAUAGUGGUAUCGCAAAAGUAUUAAAGUCACUAACUAAGUACCAAUUGUUGGGAGUAAUUGAUACCGUAUGCCGGCAUGAUCCGUUCUACCCCGAUAUCAGGGCAGAAGCAUCCGACGUUAUCAAUUGGAUUCUCACAGCUGGGGAGAAGGGUAAGAUAGUUGGUGAAAACAAACUUAAAGGACUCUUUAAAGCCUUGGCAGAGGAAGUAUGCAGACGAAGCGACGAAGCCAUGCCACCAUCGGAUGACCAUACCGGAUCUGAACCAUCAAAUGAUUCCUAUUUGGCCGCAUUCAGUGAAGACGUGGUGCUCAUGAGGUUAGUGGACCGUAUUUUAACGGCUGAUCAGCUGGAUUCACUUCAAGAUACACACGAACGGCUAUUGAAGAUUGUUGCAAACCAAAUCACCUCAAAAACGCAGAAACGACAUGAGACAUUAUAUGCAGUCGCAAAAGAAGUUUCUAAGUGCCAUCCUUCGGUUCAGCGUGCGCUGGUUAAACCCGUAUUCGCGGUACUUAUGAGAGAGCCCGAUAACACAAAGGAAUGGCUGGCCGCGAGCAGCAACGCACUCAAAAUUCUGCGCAACUGUGGCAACUCAAAGUCUCAUAAAGAUGGUUCACAUGAUGCAGAUGCAGCGGACGCCAAAUUUAUCAACCAGGUCGUCUCCCAGUACGUUGACGCAUUAGUCGGUAACGACUUGGGCCACCUGCCUUCGGUUGCUGCGUGUGAAAUGUUAUCGCAAAUAUAUUUGCUGUUGAAAUCGGCAACAUGUAAACUCGGUGACAACUCUGAGAAGCUGGCCUCCCGAGUGUCACAGCGACUUUUGCAGUUACUAAGGCGCCCAGGUGACGCACUGUCGGCAAAAGCCCUGCGGAGUUUGACGCAACUGCCAGGUGGCGACAAAGUUGGUGAUUUUGUGAAUGAAUUGAUGACAUCGUGGGCUAACGAAAAUAGCGACCAAAAACCGACUGGCGUAAGGCUGAGCAACGCAGUGGAAUACGUAAUCGCCAGCAGCGUGGCCAUGUUGGAUGCCGCUAAGGUGGCUGACAACGCAGUGGAGCGGAUUGAUGUAAUAGCCGAAGUAGCGUCUGAGCGAUUAGGUGAUUUACAAAAUAAUAUAGACGCAAAAUUUGCGCGGAACAAUUACGCUCAGCAUGGGGAACGCCAGGCCAAUACGUACGUAUGGGAACCGUCUGUAGGCCUAAAGCCGCUGUUUAACAGGCCUAUUGAACCGCUAGACGUGUUCCUCGCCGACAGAAUGAAGGGAUUGGACAAGUACGUGCCAGCGGAAAGGUACAGCGGCAUAGAGCACUACGCAGGCGGCAUCGCGUCCCUGCAUCAGCUGAAGCGGUAUUUCCAGAAGAUACAUAAUCAGAUCAGCGAACUUGAACUUCGCAUCACAGUGCUCUUGAAGAGUGACCAGGAGGCAUCAACAGGUAACAUGGAGCAGCUGUUGUCUUCAUUGAACAAAUUAUCCUCAGCCAUAAACGGGUCCGUUUUGGCCGUUGCUAUGGCCGAGCCCGCCUGGCCCGAUACCUAUCUUCCCAGGAAACAUACGAGGCGCCUGGUGGAGUCCGCGUUGAAACGCCUAGUGCCGGGAUGA